UUCAAUUCUACAUACCGUACAUACCUGAUUCAAUGCAAGAUGCUUCGUGCCUGGCUGCAGCCAUUCCUGUUCACAAGCUGCACGCGACCCGAUAGCUUACUAAAGAAACCGAUUUGACUGCAGAAGACAUGGCCGCCGAACCAACUAUGGUGGCCAAGUGCACUGCAGAGUUUGUGGGGACAUUUCUGCUGAUCUUCACGGUUGGUUGCAAUGUCCUAGGUGGGAGCCCGAUGUGGGCAGGUGUCUCCAUUGCAUUUGUCCUGAUGGUAUGCAUUUAUGCGCUGGGUGGCAUCUCUGGGGGUAACUUCAACCCUGCGGUCUCCGUGACUCUUGGACUUUCGAAAACCAUCGGAGGACCUGGCUUGGACUGGAAGACUGUGGGCAUGUACUCUGGUGUCCAAUGUGCUGCCGGAGUUUUGGCUGGUGUGUCUUACUCACUGCUCUUCGGCAAGACUUUCAACUUGGCACCAGCGAAGGGCUUCUCUUGGUAUCAUGCUGGCCUGUGCGAGUUGCUUUAUACGUUCAUGCUGACCUUCGUGGUGAUGAAUGUUGCUGCUGCCAAGAAGAAUGCAACUGAGAAGAAUCAAUACUACGGUAUGGCCAUUGCAUUUAGUGUUGUUGCAGGCGCUUAUGGAGCUGGUGCCGUGUCAGGGGGCUGCUUCAACCCAGCGGUGGCGCUGGGUAUCGAUCUUUCCAGUGCUGGUCUAGGCUUUGGUUGGAGCAUCGUGUACAUUGGCUUUGAGUUGCUCGGUGCUGCUAUGGCUGCCACACUUUUCAAGGUUGUGCGUCCUGAAGACUUCGGCGGAGAGAAGUCACAGAUCACAGAGCUUGUGAGUGAGUUCCUGGGCACCUACAUGUUGGUGCUCACUGUGGGACUGAACAUUUUGGGCAAGUCCAAAGCUGCUGCGUUCUCGAUUGCUGCAAGCCUUACGUCAAUGAUUUAUGCCCUUGGUGAUGUCAGCGGUGCCCACUUCAAUCCUGCUGUGACGGUGGCCAUCUUGGCAUCUGGCCGUUGCCCUGAGCUCACUCCAGCCAAGGCUGGCACAUACGCAGGUGUGCAGAUUGCCGGUGGCAUUGCUGCGGCGUUGACAAGUGCAUUUGUUUACAAAGGAGGCAAACUUGGUCUUGGCCCGACUGGGACGAACACGUGGGCUGGAGUUUCAGUUGCAGAAGCUAUCUUUACGUUUGUGCUGUCCUAUGUGGUGCUAUGUGUGGCUGUGUCAAAGCACACAAAAACCUCCAACAUGUUCGGAUUUGCCAUUGGAUCCUGUGUCACGGUUGGAGGGUUCGCCAUUGGAAGCAUCUCUGGUGGCUCAUUGAAUCCGGCAGUAUCGAUUGGCCUUGCAGCGCCAUCAAUUUUUACAAGCACAAUGUUGCUGAAGGCGUUGGCGUACUCCACGUUUGAGAUUAUUGGUGGUGCUGCUGCUGCAGGUGUCUUCAAGGUCACUCAUGAGGUUGACUUGGCCCUGCCGGAGGCAAAGACGGAUGUAUAGAUAACAAAGGCUUCCACAAAUGCGUCAUACUUGUGGCUGCAGUCGUUGCUAUGCUCCCUUUGAAUGUGAAAGUCUCAGGGCUCGUCAAGCGUGACUACAUAUCCCACAAGCAUGCAAUCUCCCUUUGCGAUUCCAUGCCCUCGCAGCCUUUGCAAAGCUCAGGUUGUUGAGGAUGAGCGGGCAAGAACAAGAAGAACGACUGCAGACAUAUACACAGACAUAUAAGUAUGGGGAUAAAAGGAAGGGCUGGGCCCGCUGAGAUUUCGCUGCGUCGAUGCCGAUCAAAGAAUCACCUAGACCUAGACUAGAGGCGCCCAGUGUAACUGUUUUGAAGCGAGGAUCCAUGCACUCACUGGUCAUGUGAAUGAGUCUUUGCAGUUCGUGUACAUGUUUCCUGUCUCGGAACCAUGCCCCCGGUUGCCCUGACAGCGGUUUUAAGCUUGGAUGGCUUAGAGGCUUAGAGGAAGUGACAUCAUUGCAUCAUCAAUGAUCUUGCCUUGGCAUGCAUGGGAAGUGGGUGCGGGUGGUGGGGCGACGCUGUUCCGAGAUCAUUGUCCCCAGACAGUGUACUUGGUGUCACCAUACAUGUGUCCAAAGUUGGUUUGAUUUCCGGCUGGCAUCCCACUGAGUCAGGUGCCAACCCGGCUGGUGAUCACGCUGCAAAGAACCAAACCCAUUCAAAUCAAAACUUCAAAAACAGUAUGAAUGUGUAUAUAUAUAUAUAUAUAUCAAUUUACUGUGAGAGGUUCUCUCAGAAAAGAUAACUGCGUCCGCGGUGGCGACCCCUGCGUCCUGGUUGUUGUCCAACCCAGCAGGAGGGCUACUGCUUGAUGCCUGCCCGCACAUGCUCAACACACCUACUACCCAAGAGCUUUGUUUGCUGGUACACUCGGUGCACUCGUGCAACAAGUCAUAUUUUCAGUUGAAGCCUGUAUGGUCUUGCAGCCUUGCAUAUAUAUAUAUAUAUGGUACCCCCC